AUGGCUGAGAGCCACCUCCCGGCUUCCCAGCAACGCCGUAGGAAAGCCAUGACGGCCGCCGCGGGUUCGGCGGGCCGGGCCGCGAUCCCUCUGCUGCUGUGCGCGCUGCUGGCGCCCGGCGGCGCGUACGUGCUCGACGACUCCGACGGGCUGGGCCGGGAGUUCGAUGGCAUCGGCGCGGUCAGCGGCGGCGGGGCAACCUCCCGACUUUUAGUAAAUUACCCAGAGCCCUAUCGUUCUCAAAUAUUGGAUUAUCUCUUUAAGCCAAACUUCGGUGCCUCUUUGCAUAUUCUAAAAGUGGAAAUAGGUGGUGAUGGGCAGACAACAGAUGGCACUGAGCCCUCCCACAUGCACUACAUGCUCGAUGAGAAUUAUUUCCGAGGAUAUGAGUGGUGGUUAAUGAAGGAAGCCAAGAAGCGGAACCCCAAUAUCACACUCAUGGGGUUGCCGUGGUCCUUCCCCGGAUGGCUGGGAAAAGGUUUCAACUGGCCGUACGUGAAUCGGCAGCUGACUGCCUACUAUGUCGUGACCUGGAUCGUGGGCGCCAAGCAUCAUCACGAUUUGGACAUCGAUUAUAUUGGGAUUUGGAACGAGAGGUCAUUCGACAUCAAUUAUAUCAAGGUUUUAAGGAGAAUGCUGAACUACCAAGGUCUCCCGCACGUCAGAAUCAUCGCGAGUGAUAACCUCUGGGAGCCCAUUUCUGCUUCCAUGCUGCUUGACUCAGAGCUCUUGAAGGCCAUUGAUGUCAUAGGGGCUCAUUAUCCUGGGACCCACACAGUGAAGAAUGCAAAGCUGACCAAGAAGAAGCUGUGGUCAUCUGAAGAUUUUAGCACUUUCAACAACGAAGUGGGUGCUGGCUGCUGGGGUCGCAUAUUGAAUCAGAACUACAUCAAUGGCUACAUGACUUCAACAAUCGCGUGGAACUUGGUGGCUAGUUACUACGAGCAGUUGCCGUACGGGCGCAGUGGGCUGAUGACCGCCCAGGAGCCGUGGAGCGGGCACUACGCGGUGGAGUCUCCCAUCUGGAUAACAGCUCACACCACUCAGUUUACUCAACCAGGUUGGUAUUACCUGAAGACAGUUGGCCAUUUGGAAAAAGGAGGAAGCUACGUAGCUCUGACGGACGGCUUAGGUAACCUCACCAUCAUCGUUGAAACUAUGAGCCACAGACAUUCUAAGUGCAUACGGCCCCUGCUUCCUUACUUCAGCGUGUCGCACCAGUUCGCCACCUUCGUUCUCCGGGGCUCUUUUAGUGAGAUACCGGAGCUGCAAGUGUGGUACAGCAAGCUUGGAAAAUCAUCCGACAGAUUUCUUUUUAAACAACUGGACUCUCUAUGGCUCCUCAACAGCAAUGGCAGUUUCACACUGGAGCUGCAAGAGGACGAGGUCUUCACGCUCACCACGCUCACCACGGGCAGCAAAGGCAGCUACCCGCCGCCUCCCAAGUCCCAGCCCUUCCCGAGUGUCUACAAGGAUGACUUCGAUGUCGAUUACCCGUUUUUCAGCGAAGCUCCGAAUUUUGCUGAUCAGACUGGAGUGUUUGAAUACUUCAUGAAUGCCGAAGACCCGGGGGAGCACCGCUACACACUGCGCCAGGUCCUCAAUCAGCAGCCCAUCACGUGGGCGGCGGAUGCCUCCAACACGAUCAGUGUUAUCGGAGAUUACAAAUGGUCCAAUAUCACUAUCAAGUGUGAUGUGUACAUAGAGACCCCUUACACAGGAGGUGUGUUCAUUGCCGGGAGAGUAAACAGAGGUGGUAUCUUCAUUAGAAGUGCCAGAGGAAUUUUCUUCUGGAUUUUUGCAAAUGGAACCUACCGAGUUACAGGUGAUCUGGCCGGAUGGGUGGUGUACACUUUCGGGCAAGUCGAUGUCACGGCCCAGCAAUGGUAUACACUCACUUUAACUGUGAAGGGUCGUUUUGCCUCUGGCAUGUUGAACGGCAAGGCUGUCUGGAAAGACGUCCUGGUGAAUUUCCCGAAGAACGGCUGGGCUGCGAUCGGAACGCACUCCUUUGAAUUUGCGCAGUUUGACAACUUUCAGGUGGAAGCCACGCCCUGAAGUUCUCUGAGCGCCGUAGAUCGCUCUUCAGAUCUUUUCCCUUCCUUUUUGGCUUUGGUUCAGAGCCAGGUCUUGUUUUGACGGAUCAACAUAUGAGCCUUUGGAGGCUAAAAAUAAUGAAGAGUAAGUGCGAAAAAAUAUUUUUGCUUGAUCCUGUGGAAAGUUUUUUUUUUUUUUUAAUCUAAGUCCAAGGGGAAGAAGAUGAACCUGUAACAUUACUCGGAAUGUACUCUACUAUUGGAAUGGUACAUUGGUCUCACCCUUAGGAGCGGUUUGGGUGGUCCAGACCUCGAAGCCUUGGGGUUAAUGCUGAGAUUGCUCUCAUCAUCUCAUUCGCAGAGUGAUCAUUCAAGGUGCCAAUAACUUGAUUGUCCCAGAGAUGUGUUUAUUCAUGCUGAGGUGUGUCUAAGUGCACAGGUGUCCUUGUCUUAGUAAGAUAAUGCUGCCAUACUAAGGAGCUGAAGAACACUGGAAAUGCUGCUUUUUGAAAACCACUUCAGCCUGUUAUUCUAGAAAGACAUUCUAAAAAGUAUUUUUUUCUCUUCUGUUUAUUAUGAUGCUUUAGAAUUAAUUAUAGAUAUUAUAAAUGGGAUAAGUUGAAAAGUGUCUCAUUAAUAAACUACCUCUAAAGCUAUUUCUGCAAUAAUAAAUACUAGCAGAUUAAU